AAUGAUAUUUUUAAAUAAGAAAUUUUUAACUAAUUUAUUUAAAUGUGUGUGAAGAAAUUACGGAAGGUUAAUAAUUUAAAGGAGUGUUCACAUAUUAGAUAUCCUAUUGUGAUUCCAUGAGUGUUCACGUUACAUUUGUGCUGUGAUUGGCUUUCUAGAUCCACCAAUCAAAUCCAUUUACCAAAAGCCGAUCAUUUAAUUGUGGUUUUCUGAACGCAGCUGACAAGUUCUUCAGUCAAUCCACUUGUCAUUACACAAAUAUACGCAAAUGUAUUCGGAUGUAUUUGCAUAAGAUAAUUAUUUUCUAAUAUAAAUAGCGAUUUACAUAAAUUUUAUUUUAUACAGUUGAAAGAUGUUAGCUCAUUUUACGCAGUGAUAAAACGAUCAGUUUCGUUUUGAUAUAUCGUUAAGUCUCAUAGCAGAAACAUAACCUCCAAGCGAGCCGUCAGGAUGGCAGACGUACGCGAUAUUCUGGACAUCGAGGUGCCUACGACUACGGAACUUACGAAGGAAUCGAUACUAGGUAGCGACAAGAAGAAUCGUAAACGGUAUGACUACAACAAAGUGCCAAAACGUCCUGAGGGUAUGCAUCGCGAGGUGUUUGCGCUCCUCUGCAAGGACAAUAAUGACAUGCCGCCGUUGUUCCCGACCGAUACGGCGAAAGGAUACAAGCAGGUACGAGCCAAGCUUGGUAUGAAAAAAGUGAGGCCAUGGAAAUGGACACCAUUUACCAAUCCGGCACGUACGGACGGUGCUGUCUUUCAUCACUGGCGGCGUGUUGCCGAUGCCACGAAGGAAUAUCCCUUCGCAAAGUUCAACAAGAAAGUUCCUAUCCCUACGUACACAAAUGCUGAAUACGUCCAACAUUUAGUGACCAAUGGUUGGUCACGAGCAGAGACGGAUCAUUUGUUUGACUUGUGCAGGAGAUUUGACCUUAGAUUUAUUAUCAUUAAGGAUAGGUGGGACCGCACUAAAUUUGUCGCAAGAUCUGUAGAAGAUUUAAAAGAGAGAUAUUAUCAGGUGUGCGCUGCAUUGACAAAGGCAAAAUCCCACACUGACAAGGUAUAUAUCUUUGAUGCUGAACAUGAAAAGCGUAGAAAAGAACAGCUAAAGAAGUUGUUUGAACGUACUCCUGAACAAGUAGACGAGGAACAGACUCUACUUGCUGAAUUACGCAAGAUUGAGCAAAGAAAAAAAGAGAGAGAUAGAAAAACGCAAGAUUUGCAAAAAUUAAUUACAGCAGCUGAUCAUCAAGCAGAUCCCAGGAAGAGUGAGAGAAAAUCUUCCAAAAAAAGUAGCAGUUCUUCUAGGAAUAGACCAAACAAAACUGAUACUUCCCAUGCAGUGGAAUCAGCUGGAAUUAAAUUCCCUGAUUUCAAAAAUAGUGGUGUUACUCUUCGUUCUCAGAGAAUCAAAUUACCAAGUAGUCUUGGUCAAAAGAAGAUGAAAGGCAUUGAACAAAUGCUAAAUGAAUUAAAAUUAGAAUUGAAUCCACCACCGACGGAACAGAUAUGUCAGCAAUUUAAUGAACUACGUAGCGACAUAGUUUUGCAUUAUGAAUUGAGAAGCGCGUUGUCGACAUGUGAUUAUGAAUUACAGUCUUUAAGGCACCAAUAUGAAGCAUUAGCACCAGGAAAGACUUUAACAAUACCAGCAGCACUCCUGCCAAAAACAGAACCUGAAGUUAAAGCAGAUAUCAUCGAUGUUGUUGGAUCGCCCAGCAUGCCCAGUAUUACUCAUUUUUUUUUUUUUUACUUGCGUAAUUAUAUAAUGGUGAUAACAACAACGGAACUUCAUAUAAGACGUUAA